AUUAAAUUCAUAAUUCUCAUAUGGUCGAAGGCCGAGUCUUAGGAAGAACCAGGGAGAGAGGUGUCGGCGAGCCGCCGGUAUAUAAACCAACCGUCACUGGUACAGUGCAUCAUACAACCACGAGACCUCCGUGAGACAACAUGAAAGCGUUCUUGGUAUUGGCUGCCGUAGCGGCGCUCGGCUCGGCGAGACCCGAGGCGGGAUACAGUUACAAUGCGCCCAGUGGAGGUGGCGGCAUAGGCGGAGGACUCGGAGGAAUCGGCGGCGGCGUUAGCGGAGGCCACGGUGGCUUCUCUUCUGGAGGCGGCUUCUCCUCCGGUGGCCUGAGCUCGAGCAGCUUCGGAGUCGGCGGUGGUUCCAUCGGCGGCGGAUUCUCGUCUGGAGGCGGUUUCUCGUCCGGUGGCGGAUUCUCCUCUGGUGGUGGCUUCUCUGCCGGCGGCGGCGGCGGCUUCGGAGGCGGCUUCGGCGGCGGCUUCGGUGGCGCCCCCAUCGUCCAGAAACACAUCUACGUCCACGUCCCACCCCCAGAACCUGAAGAACAGCGCCCACAAGUGAUCGGAGGUGGCGGCGUGCCCCAGAAGCACUACAAGAUCAUCUUCAUCAAGGCGCCCGCUCCUCCCGCGCCCGUUGCGCCCAUCAUCCCCGCUCAGGCCCAAAACGAGGAGAAGACCCUCGUCUACGUGUUGGUCAAGAAACCCGACGAACAGCCCGACAUCACCAUCCCUACCGCUGCUCCCACUCAGCCAUCCAAGCCCGAGGUAUACUUCAUCAAAUACAAGACCCAGAAGGAAUCUGGUGGCGCUAUCGGCGGUGGAAUCUCUGGCGGCUCUAUUGGCGGUGGCAUCUCUGGUGGAUCUAUCGGCGGUGGUAUCGGCGGUGGUAUCUCGGGUGGUAGCAUCGGCGGUGGACACGGAGGCAGCAUCGGUGGUGGCCACGGAGGCUCAUCCAGUGGAGUCAGCACAUCCUACGGCCCCCCCGGCCAGUCUGGCCCAUAUUAAACAGCGCACGAAGCGCGCAAACUUGUGAUAACUGCUCAGCCGGCGAAAUCUAGUGUUAAGUAGAGAAAAAAUUACGGUGCCUAAAUGUAUUUAUGUAAAUAGUAAUUUUAAUUUUUAAUUAUAGUUGUAUGAUAAAGUUCUUUUGCAUAAAAAACGAUAAACCAACGAA